UUCUAUCGCAUAACAUUAAUAUGUUACUCUUGUAUUUCAUAAGUCACUGCUCAGACAUACUAAAAAGGCCAAAUCAUUGUUUUAUACAAUUGCUUAGCUCACAACCAAGUGGUGAGUAUAUUUGUGUUUUUAAUUAACUAAAACUAACCAAAGUUUACAAAGUAAACCACACACUUAACUCUCUACCUCCACUACUAUUUAAACAAAUCAAUCCACACAUGCAAUUUGCAUUUCUAUCUCAUAAUAACAAAACUCUUCAUAUCUAUCUCCUUUUAUCAUCAUAACCUAAUUCCUCUCUUAAUUGCAACUUUUAAAUAAUAUGAAGACUUCAAUUCUACUUCAGUUGUCUUUCCUACUCUUCUUUUUAGCAAUAAUAACCACAUACGAAACUCAGUCAUCUUUCCUACUCACUCUCUUCUUUAUUCUGUUUUUCUCUUUAUUCACUUUCGCUUUGAACUACUGGUUAAUCCCUGGAGGGUUUGCAUGGAGAAACCACUAUUAUCAUCAAGAACUAGUUGGUCCAUUUGGUUGGCCUUUACUAGGCUUUUUACCUCAAAUGGGUUCACUUGCUCAUCGCAAAUUGGCUUCCAUGGCUAACUCGUUAGGUGCAACUAAGCUUAUGGCAUUCAGUUUAGGCGCAACCAGAGUAGUCAUUAGUAGCCAUCCUGACACAGCUAAGGAAAUCCUUUCUGGGUCUUGCUUUUCGGAUCGUCCGAUAAAAGAAUCAGCUCGUUUGUUAAUGUUUGAGAAAGCCAUUGGUUUUGCUCCUUCGGGUGAUUACUGGAGACAUCUACGUAGAAUUGCUGCAAAUUACAUGUUUUCUCCUCGGAGAAUUUCUGGCUUAGAGCCAACAAGGCAGCGUUUGGCUGAUAAAAUGAUAGCUGAAGUGAGAAAAGAAAUGGAUGAGAGAGGGACUGUUGUGUUGAGAGAGAUAUUACAGAAGGGUUCUUUAAGUAAUGUGCUGGAGAGUGUUUUUGGGAGAAACUGUGUUUGUUUAGAAAAGGAAGAGUUAUUAAGUUGCAUGGUUAAAGAAGGAUAUGAAUUAAUUACAAAGUUUAAUUUGGAGGAUUAUUUUCCUCUUAGGUUUUUAGACUUUUAUGGUGUGAAAAGAAGGUGUUAUAAGUUAGCUGGUCAGGUGAAUAGUGUUGUGGGUGAAAUAGUAAGAGAAAGGAAAAGAGAUGGAAGCUUUAAUAGUGGAAGUGACUUUCUUAGUGCCUUGCUAUCUUUGCCAGAACAGGAGCAACUAAGUGAAUCAGAUAUGGUGCCUGUUUUAUGGGAAAUGCUGUUCCGAGGAACGGACACAGUUGCCAUUCUUCUUGAAUGGAUAAUGGCUAGAUUAGUUAUGCACCAAGAUAUCCAAGCAAAGGCCCAAAAAGAACUCAACGCGUGCAUUGGCAGCAACCGGCACGUGCAAGAUUCGGACAUCCCUAACCUCCCCUACCUCCAAGCUAUAGUCAAAGAAGUACUAAGAAUGCAUCCUCCUGGCCCACUACUUUCCUGGGCCCGCCUCGCCAUCCACGAUGUUCACGUGGGAAAAAUCUUAAUCCCAGCUGGCACUACAGCGAUGGUCAACAUGUGGGCCAUAACCCACGACCCAUCAAUUUGGAAAGACCCAUGCGAGUUCAAUCCAGACCGGUUCUUAAACGACGACAUAGCGAUAAUGGGUUCGGAUCUAAGACUCGCUCCGUUUGGGUCAGGCCGGAGAGUGUGUCCAGGCAAGGCACUCGGGUUAGCCACGGUGCAGUUAUGGCUCGCGCGGCUUCUACACCAAUACAAAUGGCUACCGGCUAAACCGGUUGAUCUUUCUGAAUGCCUGAGGCUGUCAAUGGAAAUGAAAUGGCCACUAGCUUGUCGGGUAGUUAAUCGAUGGAGCGAAUGCGAAGCCAUAUAAUGAAGAAACUACAAAUAAAUAUUAUAUAUAACUAGAAAGCUGCGAUUGCCCAGAACCUCAACUGUAAAUUGGAUCAAGUGGUUAGAAGAUGAGCAUAUCGUGUAGAACUCUGUUUAAUUAACAUAAAAGUUUGCAAAAAGCAAACCUUGUUUGUCUUUUUUUUUUUUUUGACUGAAAAAAAAAAAAAAAAAAACAAAAACGCAAGAGAGAGUUUGCGAAACUCAUUAAGUGUGUAAUAGCUAAGUUUCAAGAGCUUUUAAAUGGAAAAUGAUAACUAGCUGUUUUUAUUGUA